AUGAGCGGCCUUCGCUUCCUUGACUUGAUCAAGCCCUUCACGCCCCUCCUUCCGGAGGUGGCGGCGCCUGAGACCAAGGUGCCCUUCAACCAGAAGCUGAUGUGGACGGGUUUGACUCUGCUCAUCUUCCUGGUCAUGAGCCAGAUGCCUCUCUAUGGUAUCGUCUCCUCCGACACCUCGGACCCCCUGUACUGGCUCCGUAUGAUGCUGGCCAGUAACCGUGGUACUCUGAUGGAAUUGGGUAUCACCCCUAUCAUCUCCUCCGGCAUGGUCUUCCAGCUCCUUGCCGGUACCCACCUCAUCGACGUCAACCUUGACCUCAAGACCGAUCGCGAGCUCUACCAGACCGCCCAGAAGCUGUUCGCCAUCAUCCUGUCCUUCGGCCAGGCCUGUGUGUACGUCCUGACUGGUCUCUACGGCCAGCCCAGUGACCUUGGUGCCGGUAUCUGUGUUCUGCUCAUCGUCCAGCUGGUUGUCGCCGGUCUCGUCGUCAUUCUGCUCGAUGAGCUCCUGCAGAAGGGUUACGGUCUGGGCAGUGGUAUCUCGCUGUUCAUUGCCACCAACAUCUGCGAGUCGAUCGUCUGGAAGGCUUUCUCCCCUACCACCAUCAACACCGGUCGUGGCCCCGAAUUUGAGGGUGCCAUCAUUGCCCUGUUCCACCUGCUCCUCACCUGGCCCGACAAGCAGCGUGCUCUGUACGAGGCCUUCUACCGCCAGAACCUUCCCAACGUCAUGAACCUUCUGGCUACCCUCCUCGUCUUUGCCGCUGUUAUCUACCUGCAGGGCUUCCGCGUUGAGAUCCCCGUCAAGUCCGCCCGCCAGCGUGGCAUGCGCGGCUCUUACCCCGUCCGCCUGUUCUACACCUCCAACAUGCCCAUCAUGCUCCAGUCGGCUCUGUCCUCCAAUAUCUUCUUGAUCUCCCAGAUGCUGUACUCUCGCUUCUCUGAUAACCUCCUUGUCAAGCUUCUCGGAGUCUGGGAGCCCCGUGAAGGUUCUGCCCAGCUUUUCGCUUCCUCGGGUAUUGCCUACUACAUGUCCCCUCCUCUGAACUUCAAGGAGGCUCUUCUCGACCCCAUUCACACUGCUGUCUACAUUGCUUUCAUGCUUGUUGCCUGUGCGCUCUUCUCCAAGACCUGGAUUGAGGGUCUCGUCAUGUCCGGCCACCGUGAGCAGAGCAUGUACAAGGAGCUCAAGCGUGUUAUCCCCACUGCCGCCGCUUUCGGUGGUGCCUGCAUUGGUGGUCUGUCCGUUGCGUCCGAUCUUCUCGGUGCUCUUGGCAGCGGUACUGGUAUCCUGCUUGCCGUGACCAUCAUCUACGGAUACUUUGAAAUUGCCGCCCGUGAGGGUGACAUCGGUGCCGGCCUCAAGGGCCUGGUCCCCGGCAGCUAA